CCCACUUUGUUCCAAUUCCAAAGAUAAUAAGUAUCAACUCAACUUCACAAGUCAAUUACUUAAACCAAAACCCAAACUAAAAAAAAAAGACAUGGCAUCGAAAGACCAGAAUUCCAACAGGCAAAAACGAUGGAGUCUCGAAGCAAUGACAGCACUUGUCACUGGUGGCACCAGAGGAAUCGGAUACGCCAUUGUUGAAGAGCUUGCUGAAUUUGGUGCGACGAUUUAUACAUGUUCGAGAAAUGGUUCUGAGCUUAAUGAAAGGUUGAAAGAAUGGGAGGCUAAAGGGUUUAAGGUGAAGGGAUCAGUUUGUGACUUGACUUCAAGAACUCAAAGAGAAGAACUUAUCAAAAAUGUCUCUUUAGAAUUUAAUGGAAAGCUUAAUAUCUUGAUAAACAACGCUGCAAUAACUAAACUGAAGCAUGCUUGUGAUCACACUGCUGAAGACUUGGAUGGAAUAGUGUCAGCAAACGUAGAAUCCCCUUAUCAUAUUUCCCAAUUAGCUUAUCCUCUUCUGAAAGCAUCUACAUCCGCAAACAUCGUUUUCAUCUCUUCUGUUGCUGGUGGCGUCGCCCUCCCUGCUCUCUCUGCUUAUGCUGCUUCCAAAGGUGCCAUAAAUCAACUUACAAAGAAUUUGGCGUGCGAGUGGGCCAAGGACAAUAUCUGUGUCAACGCCGUCGCACCUUUUGGUGUUAGGACCACCAUCAUCAAGCCCGAAGAGGUGGAGGUGUCAAUUCUGCAGAUGUUGGCGCCUUUGAUGGCUCGAACACAUGUGAACCGAAUAGCGGAAGCAGAUGAGAUUUCACCGCUGGUUGCAUUUCUGUGCCUUCCUGUUGCUUCUUACAUUACUGGUCAGGUUAUUUAUGUAGAUGGAGGCUUCACAGCAGGCUGCUACUAAUAAUUCCCAUAUUAAUUACUACUACAUGUUAUUUCUCUCCAAAGUUAAAUAAUCGUAUAAACUAUAAACUAUAAACUACAUUGU